CUUGUCCACCUUGCGGAGCCAUACGCUCACCGAGGUGAGGAUCAGCAACAGACCCACAUAUUUUCUGCCGGCCGCCAGUCGACUUCAACCCAUGAAUUUUGCACCAUAUAUUAGCUGCCAACUCCAGCCCAUCGCGGAGCCCGACACCGCACUGCGACGGUCUAUUCCCCUUACCUCAUCCGACCCAAUUGACCACAAGCGGCACAGCUCACGAUGAGCAGGGCACUGCUGCGCCCCGCGCUGGAGCUGCGCGCUCCUAUCACGCGCCUUCUCCAGUCCAUCCGCCCGAAGACGGUAACACCAUUACUUGGCGCGACAGCUACAAUAUCGGUGCGCUUCUUCAACCAGACGACCCAGCACGUCGAGCAGCCCACGCAUCCCAACCCAGCCGUCGUAGCUAACGCCACCUCCUCCCUCGCCUCACAACGGCCCCCGCUCUCCACACAACCCCAACACCAACCACCACCAACACCACCUUCAACCCCCCUAAGCGAGUCAGUCCGCGCCCUCCUCCCGGCCCUUGCCGCCCAACCAGGGCACUACAUCACGAUCCACAUCCACGGCGUGCCCUACCUGGUGACCGAGGGCGAUAGCGUGCGGCUGCCCUUCAAGAUGCCCGGCGUCGAGCCGGGCGACGUGCUGCGGCUUAACCGGGCGACGGUCCUCGGCAGCCGCGACUUCACGCUUAAGGGCGCCCCUUACGUCGACGAACGGCUGUUUGAGUGCCGCGCCGUCGUCAUGGGCACCGAGUCGGAGCCGAUGCGCGUCAAGAUCAAGAAGAAGAGGCGGUGCCGCCGCACCAAGACGGUCAAGAGCAAGCACCGGUUCACGAUGUUGCGGAUCAGCGAGCUGAAGAUCCGGACCGAGGCGGUGAAUGAGAGUUGAUGAAGGGGCUGAGGCGUUUGUACCUACUGAGCUUCUGGGGCCCGGGGGCAUGGUUGGGACAGCACGGCAUAGUUGGUACAGAUGAAGGUGCGUGGACUGAGGCGCUGGGCUGAGGCGCUGGGCUGAGGCGCUGGGCUCUGUUGUUGAUAGAAUGGGAAGGGAUCCGGUAGAAGAGGCACUCCAUGGCUAGUUGUCGUGGGCACAUAUGUGGCGACGGAUGCCGGAGACACACGGACAUAUGUGUCCGAUGAGGGAGUAACUGCCAUAGACAUGUAUCAUAUCUGAGGCUAUUGUCUUACAAAUGACCUGGACCAUGCCAAAUGUGUGAUUACGUUG